UUGAAGAUUAUUUUUCAUUAACGCAGUGACCAAAAUGACAUGAAAAUGUGUAUAACAAUUGUUUUUAUACUUAUUUUUAUAAGAUACAAUGUAUGCGACGAGAGUAACGAAUCGAAAUACAUAGAUUUACUUCCGGAUGAGGAAAAAGAAGAGUUUUUACAGAAGAUAGCUAGAAGGAUUUUUGAAGAAGCAGAAGUGAAAGACGAUAGAUAUAAACAAAGUAGAGAGGUAGCUGACGAUCAGUUAAAUGAACAUACCGAAUUUGUCAAAAAGAUACUGAGGGAAGAAUCUGCGAAUUUAAAACAGCACACUGAUAAUGAAAGAGAAAAAGAAGACGAAUCAGAAGAGGCCAUGAGAGUUAAACCUCUAGUAAAAGAUAAAAUUUCCGACGAGAGAACUCAAGAUGAUAAUAGGUACGUAGAUUUAACGUUACGUCAAGGAAAGCGAAAGAAAAGAAGAGAUAGCUUUGAUACUAAUCUUGAGCAAAACACUGAAGGGUUAGUCAACGAAGAUAUCAAGUAUGAUACAGAAGAGAACAAAGUAAUUGAAAAUGGGGAGGAAGAUAGUAAUUUGGCCAAAGUUCAAAGAGAUAGAAAUUCAAAAGAAUUAGUAAAUAGAAGAGAUCAAUCAAGUUUUGAAGAUAUACAAGUAAAAUAUGUCAAUAGAAAAAACGAUGUUGAUAAUAAAAAUUUAGAUGAAACUGUAUCAAGUACUAAUAGACCUCGAAUAACUCAAAUGACAAAUUUCGAUGCUGAAUCGGUGGAAAAUUUUUCAAAAGAAGAUACUACUCCAAAACACUUGAAAGAUAAUGACGAUAAACCAGAAGGCUUAGAGCCAACCACUACAAAGAGCCCUGUAAGUGAAAAAGUUGAAACAUCAUCUCGAAGAUUUACUGAAUCUAUUUAUGAACCAAUCACAAGAAAUGGUGAUGAGUUAUUGAAAAUGAAAACUACCACAGAAGAAAUUAUUUUAACGCCUACUGAAAAGAUUUCAACUGUUAAAAUUCUUUCAAAUUUCAGCAACAUUAAUACUCAAAAAGUUAAUAUUACAAAGGGAGUCUUGAGAUCUGAAACAGAUAAUAAUUCAACAAUUGAUAAUACCGGUGGUGAAGUAUAUAUGACAAAAUUUAAUAUGGAAAAUACUGCUUCUCAAAUUUAUGAAUAUACUACACAAAGAUCAUACAAUAACGAAAAGAAUUCGUCAUUAAACAAUAAUUCUGUUACUAAUGGCUAUCCAUUUGAUGUUGAAGAACAACCUAUAGAUCUUACAAUUCAUAAUACAGUGGCUUAUGAUACCACAAAAAUAAUUCAUAAUACAGAAUCUACAAACAUGUUGGAUACAAAAGUAGCUAUUGAUACCAAAGAAGCCAAAGAUUUUACAAGUAAUAAUAAGGUUGGUCAUGAGAAUACAAAAAUAGGUGAUAACGCACAACCUACAAACAUAUCUUUGAAUACUGAAGAAGUAACGACCCAUGUUUACCGAACCGUAAAUGUUGUAAAGCCAACUGAAUUAGGUUAUGAUCUAAAUAAAAACGAAACCAACACCAUAAUUGAUGAAAAUAAUAUUGGAUCAACAACGACUAAAACUACGGAGGGGAGUGCGUCGCUGAAUGAAGUCGCGGGUGACGUUGUUAGGGCAUUAAGACAGCGAUUAUUAGAGCAUGAUGAGAAACCUGACUCUGAUGAAUCGUUAGUAAACGAAGAUAAAAUUAAACACGAGGAACCAAAAAAUAGGAAUAAACAAAGUUACAAUGUAUAUGAAUUGCCUCCUAAUGAAAAACCAUUUGUAAUAAAACCUGAAAUCACCAAAUCAAAGAAUCAAGAUCAACCUCAUUAUGUCCCAAUUUAUAAUUAUUCACACGAUAAUGCUUAUUUUAAUGCCCUUAAUCACUUUGGACCCAUCUUGGAUGCUAGUGUAGAAAAAGGAGAUAGUGAUAUAGAAUUUCAUGGAAUCGAAAAGGACGACGUUAUACAACUAAGUGAAGAAAGUUACGGAAUGCCAAAAGAAAACGUUGACAACCGAAAAUUUAGAUUUGGUAACAAAGAGAGUUUUGGUAAUCCUAAACGAACGCAUAAAAUACAAAAAUUAAUGAUGCCGGUUGUCAAACAACAGGAGCAUCACUCCGAAGUUCUCAUUAAUCCAGAUGACUAUUUGGAUACAGAUUACUAUUUUGGUAGAACUUAUGCGCAACUGAGAGAUGGCAGAUAUGACAGAAGUAAGAAAUUACCAGAUUCCCACGAAGAAACUCACCCAAGUCUUGAUACGAUUAAGGAUCAUAUUCGGUCGGUUAGAAAAAUACUUUUUCAAAAUCAAAUAUUCGGCUACAUACCACCUGUGAAUGGUUCUGCAGGAGAAGUAACACCACCUGAAAAGCCUUCGAAAGUAACUGAAGCACCUCCUUACGAUUAUUUAAAGCGAACGAACGACAGAAAUAAUAUAUCUGUAGAUUAUUAUUUUGGACGAAUGAAACAAGAUAGUGAAUAUAAAAGAAAGAAAAAAGGUACAAAAGUUGGUUAUAUAAGAUAUAAUAACUAUUAUGAAGAUUUACAUGUGACUAAAGAUACGCCUGAAGAUUUGAUGAGAAAAGUCAACGUUAUUAAAUUUGGCAAUAAACUUUUCUUCCGAGAUGAUAAAAAAGAUUUUCUGAGGAAUAAGACCAAGAUUUUUGCUCAAGACGAAUCAAUAGAAUAUUAUGAUACUAUUAAGAAAGUAUUAAAACUAACAAAUGAAGUAGACGUGUUCCCAACUCUGGAGAAAAUGCGUCGCAUGAAUAUAUCUUAUACUAGAAGUCGUCAUGUACCUAAAGAUUUGUCUAUAUAUCUCGAAGUAUUGGAUGAAAUAUUAAAAACGGACAUUAAACCAUUCAUCCAAUACGAUUGGCUGGGCACUACAGUUGAAAUUCAGUCAGCCUUGAGUAGAUUAAUAGACUUAACGGAAGCAGUGCAAAAUAAAAUUGUCAUACAUCCAGCAGACUUAGGACUUUUGAAAUACGUCGUUUAUCUAUUUCAAACAGCGAAAACUAUGAUAUAUCUGAAGACGAAGCAAGAUGAAAGAGACAAAUUAAGAAUGGGUGUAAUUCUACCCAGAAAUAGAAAGAGGAAACCAAUGUUUUUGAAAGAAAAGGGUCUGCUCAAUCGAGUGUGGUUGUUUAAGAGGGAAAACAUGAUAGCAAAUGGGGUCUUAAAUGAGUUUAAUAGAUUCCUGCACGAUACGCGAGUAGCUUUGUUUGAUCUUCACGAUGCAAUAAAACAUAUUUCAUUGAUAACUAAAUACACAGACCAAGCAUGGUUUGAAAACCUUCAACGAAUAUACAUGAAGAAUGAUAGAAAGCACUUACUAGAGUUAACCUUACAUCUCACUGCAACUCGUCUGUAUGGGCUCAUAGAAGAAAGCGCGGUAAAUGGAGUUGAAAUAAACACGGUGGAUUACAUUCGGAAUAACGAUAAACAUGUUGAGAGAAGUAUAGAUGAAUUUAUUUUCGUAUUAAGGUUGUUGGAUGAAAUUAAAUAUUUGUAAAUGUA